AUGGGAUUUAUGCGGCAAGAAGAAGGGUCGUCUUCUGUAAUUUCUUCACCCCUGCAGCUCUUCUCCAUGAUGUCACUUUCACCCAGCUUAGGUUCUCCCAACAAUGCCUUGCUUAGAGAAAUGAAAUCCGAGGAAAGGGGUUUGUACUUGAUCCAUUUGUUGCUCACUUGUGCAAAUCAUGUAGCUGCUGGUAACCUUGAAAAUGCAAACACCACACUUGAGCAAAUUUCAGUGCUUGCUUCCCCGGAUGGGGAUACUAUGCAGCGAAUCGCCACUUAUUUUAUGGAAUCGCUUGCAGAUCGGAUUCUGAAAACAUGGCCCGGGAUCCACAGAGCGCUCAACUCAACUAGAGUGACUAUGCUAUCUGAAGAAAUUCUUGUUCAGAAGCUCUUCUUUGAGCUUUUCCCUUUCUUGAAGGUGGCAUAUGUUCUAACAAAUCAGGCCAUCAUUGAGGCAAUGGAAGGGGAGAAAGUGAUUCACAUAAUUGAUCUCAAUGCUGCUGAAGCUGCUCAGUGGAUUGCUCUCCUUCAAGUUUUGAGUGCGCGUCCCGAAGGCCCUCCUCAUUUGAGAAUCACUGGGAUUCAUCAGAAAAAGGAGAUUCUGGAUCAGGUAGCUCAUAGACUAACUGAAGAAGCAGAAAAGUUGGAUAUACCAUUCCAAUUCAACCCUGUAGUCAGCAAACUAGAAAAUCUUGAUUUUGACAAACUUCGUGUGAAAACUGGGGAAGCACUAGCAAUAAGUUCCAUUCUCCAAUUACAUUCCCUCUUGGCCUGGGAUGAUGAGGCCUUACGGAGGAAAUCUCCUCUUCUGUUAAAAGGCUCAAACGGAAUUAACCUGCAAAGAGUCUUGCCACUGAGCCAAAGCACAUUGGGGGAUUUACUUGAGAAAGAUGUGGUUAACGGGUACACCCCAAGUCCCGACUCAACCUCAUCAUCACCAGCAUCUUUAGCUACUUCGAAUUCAAUAAAUAUGGAGAGCUUUCUUAAUGCCUUAUGGGGUUUAUCACCAAAGGUCAUGGUUGUGACGGAGCAAGACUGUAACCAUAAUGGUCCAACUCUGAUGGAUAGGCUACUUGAAGCACUGUAUUCUUAUGCAGCAUUGUUUGAUUGUUUGGAAUCCACUGUCUCAAGAACAUCAUUGGAGAGAUUAAGGGUGGAGAAGAUGAUUUUUGGGGAGGAAAUAAAGAACAUCAUUGCAUGUGAGGGGCCUGAAAGAAAGCAGAGACAUGAAAAGCUUGACAAGUGGUUCCAGAGAUUUGAUCUAGCUGGGUUUGGUAAUGUGCCUUUGAGCUACUAUGGUAUGUUGCAAGCAAGGAGGUUCAUCCAGAGCUAUGGUUGUGAAGGAUAUAGAAUGAGGGAUGAAAAUGGUUGCGUAUUAAUCUGCUGGCAGGAUCGGCCAAUGUUUUCAAUAUCAGCUUGGAGAUCUAGGAAGUAA